AUGGUUUGGAAAGGAGAGGGCAGAGGUUCUUACGCCGCGGCAUACAAGGAAGUAGAGCAUGGACGUGGGGAGUGGGAAAAGGUGGUUGUGAGCCAGCAGUACCUUUCCUACCGCCCUAAGUCGUGCUGCCUGUGCUUGCUGGCCUUGGCGUUGUUGUCAGUGCUGGGUUAUCUUCUGUACCACCUCCUGCGCGCUCACACGGUGACGUCACAAGCAGAUGAAGUCACCACACCAGGAAUGGCACGAGAUGCAAUUGACUGUGAAACGGGUUACAAUAACUUUGAGGAGUUAUGGAAUGAAGACAAGAAGGCCAUUUGUUGCGACCUGUACGGCCGGGCCUGUCAUCACGUCACCUACCACCAGCACCACGUCGUGUACCAUCCGCCUCACCAUUACACGCAGUAUAACUGCCAUGCUGGGUACUCGAACUGGUAUUUCGGAUGGUCAGAGCAUAAGAAGGCUGGACUUUGGGCUCAUGACAAGAAAGAGUGGUGCUGUGCUCAUUUCCAGAAGGGCUGCCCGGAAACGACACUGUCUCCCGAGAAGUGUGACACACCAUGCACACUGAAAGGAGAGACGUCCACAUGCCUGAGCCGCAUUCACUGGACCGCCAACAACGUUUUCGGUGCCAAGGCAGACAAGUGCGCGCUGGCCUACAGCAAGGUGCAGGUGGAAUGUGACGUAUGCCGGUCAUGCACAAUCGAG